CUCAGAAAUCUUUCCCUGCACUCUCUCUCUCUCUCUCACUCUCUCACUCUCACUCUCUUUGAAGAAACCCUUAGCCUCCACGCCUGUCCUUGAUUCGCAACACCACCCUUGAAGACUCGAAAUUGGGGUUCACAAGAAAAGCUCAUACAUAUCGUAGGCACUGUUUGGGCUAAUCGGCGAUUGCUCAGUGGUAUUGCAUUGCUUCGUUUGUUAUCUACUUCAGAGGGCUCCCUUUGUGCUUGUUGUGCUACUUCUCAAAUCCAAGAAAUGCUAGCAUAUAGGUAGGCACUGUUUGGUCCAAUUGGCGAUUGCUCAGUAGUAUUACAUUGCUUCGUUUGUCAUCUACUUCAGAGGGCUCCCUGUUGUGCUUGCUGUACUGCUUCUCAAAUCCAAGCAUCAGCGGAAGAACAAGUUUAAAUGGCUGAGGGAAUUGGUUAUGCUAUUUUGGGGAGAAUCGGAGAAAACUUGGUUGCUCCGAUCGGCCGACAGUUUGGUUAUCUGUUUUGUUUCAACACCAACAUUCAAAAUCUUGAGACUCAAUUGGACAGCCUAAAAGUGAGACGAGAAGGGGUUCAACUAGGGGUGGAUGCAACACGCAACAAUGUCAGAAUCGUUGGAUCUCAUCUUGAGGCAUGGCUGACUAAAGCAAAUGACCACACAGCAGAGGCAGAGACAAUUAUUAAAGACAAGGCUCAAGUUCAAAAGGGGUGUUUCAAUGGGUGGUGUCCAAAUCUCAAGUUGCGUUACUCACUGGGCAGGAAAGCUGUGAAGAAGACUCAGGAACUUGCUCUUCUCCAUGCUGAGGGUAGCAACUGCAUUCAGUCGUCCUACGAUCCACCACCACCGAGAAUAGAGCCUAUAUCUACAACAACAGAAUUCCAGGGGUUUGAUUCUCGAAUUCUGGUCAUGAACGAGAUCAUUGAGGCUUUGAAAGAUGAUGGGAUCCACUUGAUUGGGAUAUGCGGGAUGGGCGGAAUGGGCAAGACAACAAUGGCAAAAGAAGUUGCAAACAGAACCAAUAAUCUCUUCAAUGAAUUUGCAAUAGCAACUGUCAGCCAAGCGCCAGACUUAAAACAGGUUCAAAGUCAUAUUGCAGAAAUGUUGGGUUUACAACUCAACAUGGAGAACCCAGUAGUACGAUCAAGUCGGCUACGUGAGAGACUUCUACAGAAGGAUAAGAAAAUUCUAGUCAUAUUGGAUGACGUUUGGAAAGAAUUUGAUUUAGAGAAGUACGGAUUUCCUUUGGAAGGAGGCAGCAACAAGAGUUGUAAGAUCCUUUUCACUUCACGAAUUCAAAAUCUAUGGAAAGGAAUACAAAAUAGAAGGUGCAUCGAACUUCGAGUCCUAGUGGUUGAAGAACCAUGGCAUCUCUUUAGAGAGAAUGUAGGCAAUUGUGCUGACGACCUUGAUCUGCUACCACUUGCAAAGCAGAUUGUAAAUGAAUGUGCAGGUUUACCACUUGCCCUCGUAACUAUGGGAAGUGCACUUAUGAAUGAACACAACCAAUAUCACUGGAACGAUGCACUUCGACAACUAAGAACCCCUUGUUCAGAAAGUUUGUUGUCAGGAGUGCCUGCAGAAGUGUAUCAAGCUCUAUAUUUUAGUUACAAUUUUCUAAAAGAUGAGAGAGCCAAGAAGUUGUUUCUGCUCUGUUGCUUGUUUCCAGAAGACUAUGAUAUUCCUAUUGAAGGUUUGGUUAGAUACGGAAUUGGAUUGCGGUGGUUUGAAGGCAUCAACAAAGUGGAUGAAGUAAGAGAUCGAGUGAAUGUCUUAGUUGAUCAACUUAAAAGUUGUUAUUUACUGUUGGAUGGUCGUGAAGAGUAUGAAAUAAAAAUGCACGACGUAGUGCGCGAUGUCGCCAUAUCAAUUGCGUCUAAAGAUAAGCAUGGUUUUAUGACAAUCCAUGGUGCCAAAUCGAGAGAGUGGCCAAAGAAGGCGACAUAUGAGCUCAACACUUCCAUUUCGGUGAUGUCAAAUGAAAUUGUAGGGUUUCCAGGUGGAUUGAGAUGCUCAAAACUUGAGUUUUUACUAAUAGAAUGCUGGAAUAGUUCACUAAAAAUACCAAGCAAUUUUUUUGAGGGCAUGGAGGAACUCAAAGUUUUGGACCUGAAAAUCACGAGAGACAUCGCGUUACUGCCGUCGUCACUGCAAUUCUUGAGCAACCUGUUGACAUUGCAUCUUGAUAACUGUCAGAAGUUCAAUAAUAUAUCUGUAAUUGGAAAGCUAUUGAAUCUGGAAAUCCUCUCUUUCCAUGAUUCCGACAUUGAGAAGUUACCUGAGGAAAUAGGAAGAUUGGUUAAUUUAAAGUUGUUAGAUCUGACAAGAUGUUGUAGACUUGAAAGAAUAGCACCUGGUGUCAUAUCAGCCCUAGUCCAAUUACAAGAGUUGUACAUGGGUGACUGUAGAAUCAUUUGGGAACGAGAAGGCAAGGAAGGAGGAGAAAAUGUGAGCUUGAGAGAGAUUGAAUCCUUGUCCAAUUUGAAUACUUUAGAGAUCAAUAUAAACGAUGUCGUGUGUUUGCCAAGAAUCCCAUUGUUUAGCAAAUUGAGAAAAUACUCAAUUGGUAUAGGUUUCUAUGAGGGCCACCCUUGUGAUGGUUUCGGAAAUGUUCUCAAACUUAGUGGCGCGGGUAAUACCCCGUUAGAAUGCGUCAAUUCAUUGUUAUGCGUCAAUUCGUUGUUAAGGAGUAGUGCAGCUCUAGAGUUACAUUGGAUGGGUUCGGAGGCUGCAGUGCAAGAGUCGUUUCGAGAGGGAGUUGAAGGACUCCCACACUUGAAGAUGCUAACAAUUUGUAAUUGUGUUACACCAGAAUGUCUUGUCAAUACAAUGGAAUGGGUCCCGCGUACACCUAAUGCUAUUCCUCCUAUUUUUCCUAUCUUGGAGAAAUUAGAGCUCUUUGCUCUACCCAAUUUAAGAAAGAUGUGUCACUGCCAACUUCCAACCCGCUCUUUUGGAAAACUAAAAUGUCUUCAUAUUGGUAAACUUGAUAGAAUGGAAGAAGUUAUUUGGAAGGAAAAAGGAGAAGAUGACGCAACAAACAAGAUGGAGUUUCCAGCGUUAGAAGAACUGACUUUGGAGAGACUACCAAUGCUCAUUGGCUUUUGCAGAGGGACUGACGAGAUUGAGUUUCCUCAAUUGAAGAAAUUGAGUCUUGAGAAUCUACCACAACUCAAGUGGCUCUUCAGUAAUUCGUUUUCGGAGUCAAUGGAAAACAACAAUGCUACCUUCCUAUCUCUUUUCCCCCACAAGGUUGCAUUACCUAGCUUGGAGGAGCUACAACUCAGGGAUCUUGACAAUCUGGAAGGGUUGGGACACAUUCCCAUCUCAGAGGGUUCCUUUUCUAAACUUAGAAAAGUAGUUGUAGAAAACUCUAGCAAAUUGCUCUGUGUUUUUCCAUCACAAUUUCUUAUGAGGCUGCAAAAUCUUGAAGAUCUAACUGUAGAGAAUUGUAGUUUACUAAAGAAGGUGUUUGAAUUGGAAGUGGUGGACUGCAACGAACAACAAUCGAAGAUGCUCUCGCUCUUGAAAUCUCUAAAAUUAAAAUAUCUACCUCAACUGGAUUAUAUUUCAGAGAUCGAUCCCAUUGGAUUGAUGUACAUUCCAAAAUUAAGUAUUCUACAUAUUGAUGAUUUGGACAACUUGAGAUUUCUAUUCUCACAGUCCAUGACACAGUGUAUCCUACAACUCCAAGAACUGGAAAUAAGGGGAUGUAAAAUGAUGUCAACAAUUGUUAGGGAGGAGGAUAGCCAUGGUGAAAUUUUGGUCGAUAAUAUUGAGUUCACUCAAUUGAAAAUUCUGCGACUUUAUGAUUUGCAAAACCUUCUGAGUAUCUUCCCCAAAGUGACUACUACUGUGGCGACAUCAUUUGAACACAUCCAGAACCCGGGACAAAGUCUCUUCAAUGAAAAGGCUGCAUUCCCUAGCUUGGAGGAAUUGCGACUCCAUGGACUUCAGAACAUGAACGAAAUAUGGUGCAAUCAACUUCAGACCGGCUCGUUCAACAAACUAAUUAAACUGUGUGUCUCAGGUUGUGGCAGUUUGAGAAAUAUGUUCUCUCCUUUUAUGGCCAGACAUCUUGUGCAUCUAAAAAGGCUAGUCGUAAUUAGAUGCUCGAUGAUGGAAGAAGUAGUUGCAAAGGAGGAAGAAGAAGGAGGAAGGAUAAACAGUACUCCAUUGCCUAAAUUGGAGUAUUUGGAACUCAAAGAUCUACCAGAGCUCAAGAGUUUUUGCCACGUUACUCAUGAUUGGGAAUUGCCUUUGGUAGAACACAUCACUAUCCUUAAAUGCCCUAAAUUGAAGACCUUCUCUCCUGGAGUCAUAUGCACCCCAAAGUUGCAACGUGUAUAUGUGAAGGAAGGAAGGGACAGGUGGUACCCAAUCAAAGAAGGAAAAGACUAUCUAUGGAUAAGCGAACUCAAUCAAACCAUACCACACCUAAUUGACAAGGUAUGUUGUUUAUAUUAAUACUUUUGUUUUUCUCUCUUUUUCUUCCAUUAAGUGCGUAAGCCACAUUUUAAUGUCCAA